AAAAAAAUUGGAAGCCAAGAUAUGAACAAGGUGUUGGAUCCAAGACUUGGCUUCCAAUCAGACCAUAAAAUCAAGCAGAUGAUAACUGCUGUAGCAGAGCUUGCACUUGAGUGCAUGAAUUCUCCACAAGAACUAAGGCCAAACAUGGAACAAGUGCUAGAGAUCCUCAAUGGUAUAAGAAAAGAGAGAUUUGAAGUAAACUCAGAAAAAGCUUUUAAAAUCUUCCACCAUGCUGAACUUGAAGAAGCAACUAAACAUUUUGACACUUGCCUUGGAAAGGGAGGGUUUGCCACUGUCUACUAUGGAAAACUUAAGGAUGGGCGCGAAAUUGCAGUAAAACAUUUCCACAACGAGAUAGAAAAGUCCAUCAAUCAAUUCAUGAAAGAAAUAGAGAUCUUAAGUCUCUUGCAGCAUCAAAAUUUGGUGUUACUUUAUGGCGGCAGCUCUCGUCACAGGAAGAACCAUCUUCUAGUGUAUGAGUACAUCUCCAACGGCACCCUUUCUAAAUGUCUUCAAGGACCUUCCAGUGAAAAGUUAUCAUGGCUUACUAGAUUGAACAUUGCCAUUGAAACUGCAACCACGUUAGUAUAUCUUCAUGAUUCAGGCAUCAUCCAUCGCAAUGUGAAAGGAAGCAACAUUCUCUUGGAUGAAAACUUGACUGUUAAGGUUGCAGAUUUUGGACUCUCAAGGUCACUUCCAAGUUCUAUUACACAUGUUUCAACCAUGCCAGUGGGAACUCACGCUUACAUAGAUCCGGAUUACUAUGAAUCUGGAAGAGUCAGUGAUAGAAGUGAUGUCUACAGCUUUGGCGUGGUCUUGUUUGAGCUCAUAUCAUUGAAACCACCUAGCUUGUUGGAUGAUGGAGAGAGUGUUACUCUAGCCAAGUUUGGAAUCACUAAGAUGUUAAACAAUGCAAUGGAGGAGCUCGUGGAUCCAAUUUUCAAGUUUGGUUCAGAUAAAAAGUUGAUGGGAAAUGAUAACAGCUGUGGCAGAGUUAGCAUUUCAGUGUGUGCAGUGUCCUAAAGAUCCUAGACCUUCUAUGAAACAGGUGCUGGAGACCCUAGAAGGAAUAAAGAAGGGAACAUGGGGAUUCAACCAAAUAACAUAGUCUUAAUUUCAGAUUUCAUGAAGUUCUAUUCAGUUACGUGAUGGUUAUAAUUCACAAUUUUCAUGCAUGUAGGAAGAAAUAAUCCAUCAGAUCUAGGGACAAACCAAUCAGACUUACAUGUCACUCAACAACAAACAGCAGAGCUUGGUGCUCUUAAAAAGAUGAAGCAAUUUCAAUGGAUGAAAUUUCAUCAGUGAAAGUCAAGGAAAGAAGAUUCAACCAUUAAUGGAUUUUAAAUGUUUUAAGUCAAAUGAGCCAUCAAAAUCUUGUCCAUUUUUAUGGCUACUGUAUAUUACAUGGUCAUGAGCGUAUGCAAGUUCUUCAAUACAUUUCUAAUGACACUCAAUUUCAAAUAGGACUUUUGUAGAAGAAUGAUCAUUAUAUUAAAGAAGAGAAUAAC